CAGAGCAAGACUUCUAGAAGUAGACUGAUAACAGAUAUCACGCUCAGUACUUCUGUAAACUUUCCAACACCAACACAUAAGCUUUUAGGCUAUAAUUUAUUUGAAUGAUUUUCCCCUCUCAACAUUUCCAUCAUCUUACCAGCACUGGAAGAACACUGGUUUCCAAAGAUGUGGUUCAUUUUAUCAAUGUGUGCGCUGGUUAAAGCUUUUCACUCAGACUUCUCUGAAACAGGAUCUGGUGCUCCGGACUCAGAGGGGUUCAACACACAUCUGAAUCUCUUCACACAAAGGGUGGAUUUACUUGAGCAGCUCUCAGGCUUAGUACCAACCAGCAGGAACGUGACCCUUAAUGAAGAGGAACAGGGGUGUCCAGUGCUGGACAUUGGCCUGUAUUCCACACUCACUAUGUCCACCCAGGAAGCAUUUGGAUCAAGCUUUGCAGAUGAAUUCAGCGUGCUGAUUCAAGUGCGGAGCUCUCAGGAUGUGGACCGAAGUUUGUUGACUUUGCUGAACUUCUAUAAUCACAUUUUACUCCAGAUCCGUAUAGGCCCACACAGCAUCACCUUCGUCACCACACAGCAGCGUGACUAUGAGUUUUCAGUGUCAGGACUGUCUGAUUCGCAGUGGCACUGGAUCUCAGUUGGCGUUGCAUUCGAAUGGCUGGCUGUGUAUGUGGAUUGUGUGCUGGUGGAGAAAGUGAGCUGGAUGUACCCUUACAUGGGCAUCACUACAGAUGGCCUGCUGAUGGUUGGCGGCAUCCUGGAGGGGUUUGAGACGCCCUUUGAGGGAGAGCUGAGACAGAUGACCUUCAUAAUGGGAGAUGCAAAUGCUGCCAAGGAUCAUUGUGCUCCUCAUCAGCAUAUAUGUGAGCCGUUGAAAGGACACAGCUUUCUUGAGACAGAAAGUAGCACUGAGAGCCCUUUGUCAUCCUCAACCGGCUCAACAGUAGACAGAACUUUCUCAUCAGAUCCCUCUACUGGCACUGACGAUACUGCCAAUAUUCUUUCAGUUCUAGAGUUCAGGCCUGAACCCAGAGAAUCAAAUGUCUUGAACUCCAGUGUCUCUUCUCGGAAUGAAGAUCUUCAUAGUAAAUGGAACAUUUCAUCUUAUACGAACAGAACUUCAAAGCAUUCAGCUCGUGGCUUUGUAGUGGUGGAUGAGUCUGACCGACUCACAUCUUCCGCCAUUAGCACACAUAGCAGGUUUAAGGACACCGUUGACAAAAAGAUUCAGUCCACCACCUUCAAAUCAUCAGACGAGAACUUCACCUCUCAAAAAAUAAAAACGGAUUUGGGUGAAGGCCGUCUGGAGAGGCUCCCUUCGAAGCCCUCUGGGGACACCGCUGGCCUGGAUUCUAUUUUGAAUGUAAAGACAUCAGUCGGUCAUAAGGAUCUUGUCAGGCCUACAGUCCAUCCUGAGUUAAACCAGCUGACUGAAGAAGGUUUCUUACUUCCUUCAAAGAGCUUGUCUGGGUACUCCAGUAAAGUAGUUAAACAGCCUUUGGUUGAUGUUCACUCAAAAAAAGGGUAUAAAACGCUAAUAGGCAGUGGACAAGCUGACUACAAGCACUCAAGCAAGGAACGAGUUGCACAUAAACACGGUGAUGUUAUAUUAGGCAUGGAUGGAAGGAGAUACAGGCUCCUCAGUGGACCUCCAGGGCCUGUUGGACCACCAGGGAAAAGAGGGUGUGCAGGUAAAAGGGGCUAUAUUGGAUACAAAGGUGAUAAGGGUUCUCAAGGAGUCAGAGGAACAGAUGGGUCAAGAGGCAUACCAGGACCCCCAGGUCCACCGGGACUCCCAGCCCUCUACCUUUGGAGGAACACAGAGGAGGAUUGGGCUGCAUUCAGGAGAACAUCUUAUUAUCAUUUGCUGGCAGCUGGAUGGCCUAGAGAGAGGGGACACCCUGGACCAAUGGGUGAGACAGGGAGACCUGGUUUACCUGGAUUACCUGGAGACCCAGGCCAGACAGGACCACCAGGCCGCAGAGGCGACAUGGGUGGCAUGGGACCAAAGGGUGUUCGAGGGCGAGCAGGGACUCAAGGAAGAGAUGGAAGGAACGGGCCAGAUGGGUUUCCAGGAUUUCCAGGGGUGCCUGGCCUACAGGGUCCUCGUGGUUACAAAGGUGACACAGCGCCCCCUGGUGACAAAGGAGAUGAGGGUUUUCCUGGCGCUCCUGGCCCCAGAGGAGAAAAAGGACAGGCUGGCCAAAAGGGCUCAAAAGGAGAAAUUGGAUUUAUUGGAUUUUCUGGUCCCCCAGGAUCUGUUGGUUUACAAGGUGUUGAAGGGAUUCCUGGACCACCCGGCUCUAAAGGGGAUCCAGGAAAUGAUGGAAAACGUGGUCCUCCAGGGACAGUGGGAGCACCAGGUGCUACAGGAUUCGUUGGUGCACAAGGUGUCAAUGGCUCAGAAGGGGACAUGGGACCUGCUGGCCCAGUGGGGCGGAAGGGGCCUCAGGGGCCUAGAGGGAUCGAGGGAGAUAGAGGUCCACCUGGUCAUCCAGGAUCACAGGGACUUUUAGGUCAGGAUGGUCCACAGGGUCUCAAAGGUGACAAAGGACCAGAUGGUCCAGCGGGUAACAGAGGGCUACAAGGCAUUGAAGGGCCCAUGGGUAUGACUGGACAUCCAGGUCCAAAAGGCUUUCCAGGUGUCACAGGCAAUAGGGGCCCAGAUGGAGAAAAGGGUGACGGAGGACCCAAGGGGAACAGAGGACCACAAGGAGCAACAGGGAUCAUGGGUCCUCAGGGAGAGAGGGGCCAAUCAGGCCUCCCGGGCUUACCUGGUGUCAAAGGUCAGCCAGGUGCUCCAGGUACCCAGGGUAUAGAUGGUGAAGUGGGUCCUCAGGGAGUGCUUGGGAAAGAGGGUCAAAAGGGCAGUAGGGGUGAACCUGGAGGUAAUGGAAGAACAGGACCCAUAGGAUCCAGAGGUCGAGCUGGCCAACAUGGUCCCCCUGGUAUACCUGGAAUAGUGGGUUUACAAGGUCCAGUUGGUGAUGAGGGACCAGAAGGAAAGCCUGGUACACAGGGUGUUUCUGGUUCUGUCGGAAGCCCAGGGGAUAAAGGACCUGAUGGCCUGAGGGGUGUGAUUGGAGAGCCAGGAAAACAAGGCCCUCCAGGCUCACAGGGCCCACUUGGACGACCAGGCCAAGAUGGCAUCCAAGGCCCUCCCGGUGAGAAGGGCUUCACUGGAAAACCAGGCAUUGCUGGUGCUCAGGGGCCUGUAGGCAUGUAUGGUUAUCCGGGAGCCACUGGCCUUCGUGGACGGCCAGGUCACAUUGGAGAGAGGGGUGAACCUGGCAUCCAGGGACCUCUUGGUCCACCAGGGCAGAGAGGGCCAUCUGGUUUACCAGGCCCGUCUGGUGAGAGGGGCCCACGUGGACCACCGGGUCGUCAAGGGGAAACAGGACCUGCUGGUUUGCAAGGAGUGCCUGGGCCCUCAGGACAGCCAGGGACUGAAGGUGUAACUGGAAAGCAAGGCCCCCCAGGGAGCCAGGGGCCUCAGGGGCCACAGGGAAAACAAGGACCAACUGGAUUGCCAGGCUCACCGGGAACAAGUGGAAUGGUUGGUCAAGCAGGAGAGAAAGGAGAGAAGGGAUUGCUAGGACCUUCUGGUGACCUUGGGUCUUUUGGAUUAGAUGGACCACAGGGCCAUCCUGGUCCAGCUGGUUUUGAGGGUCCAUCAGGGCCAAAGGGGGAACAUGGAUCACCUGGACCCAUUGGAAAGCCUGGUCCAAAUGGAUCUCCGGGAGAACACGGGCCUCAGGGCUCUCAGGGGAUGCAGGGUGCACCAGGACCACGUGGCAAAGAGGGAGGUAUCGGACAUCCAGGUGAUAUUGGAGACCCGGGACCUAAAGGAAAAAAGGGUGACCCUGGACAGCGAGGAUUAUCUGGACGACAAGGCCCACCUGGAUUUUUGGGGGAUAGAGGAGAGCGAGGAGUCAAGGGGAAUAAAGGCUACAUUGGACCACAAGGUCAGAAUGGUUUAAUGGGAAAGACUGGUCCAUCUGGUUUGAUGGGUCUAGAGGGUUUGAUGGGUUUCCUGGGACCACCAGGAGCAAAUGGUUCACCUGGCCUAAAGGGAGAAACUGGAUCACCUGGGGCGACUGGCUAUCCAGGAGAUCAAGGCAGCCGGGGGAUGGCUGGGCAGAGAGGCUUACAAGGGGUUAUGGGGAAGGCAGGACCUCAGGGAGCCGUGGGUCCCAGAGGCCCCGAGGGCUUAUUGGGUCCAAAGGGUAUGCCGGGACAAGAAGGACCUAAAGGUGAACCAGGAAGACAAGGACCUCCAGGGCAGAGGGGACCGCCGGGUCUCCCUGGUACUAAAGGACCUUCUGCAUUACCAGGAAAGGAGGGACUUCCAGGAGAAAUGGGUCCUGAUGGCCCUGUUGGCCCACCUGGACCACAAGGUCCAAAGGGCAAAUCUGGGCCUCAGGGAAGGGAGGGGCCAAAAGGUCAGAAGGGAAAUGAUGGUCAAGAUGGACCUCCUGGAAAGACUGGACAUGCUGGGAAAAGUGGGAAAAAAGGAAAAGCUGGACAGAGGGGUCUCAGAGGACCUAGAGGCGAGAAGGGUCAGAAGGGAGAGCUGGGAAAGACUGGACCUCCUGGCAGACCAGGACAAUAUGGUUUACCAGGCAUUCGAGGCGAGAAAGGAGAGAGUGGCGUAAAGGGCUUUGAGGGGGAGAAGGGGGAAAUUGGGCCACUUGGUCCUCCAGGGGGAGAUGGACUCAAGGGGGAGCAGGGCCUGUAUGGGGAGAAGGGGAGACAUGGGCCAAAGGGAGAGCAGGGGGAUAUUGGCCCAACAGGUCAAAGAGGAACCCCAGGUCUACCAGGGCUGCCAGGCCUGUUUGGAGUAAAGGGUUUAAAAGGAUAUCCAGGACUUACUGGUCUAAAAGGAAAGAGAGGACCUCCUGGCCCACCAGGUCUUCCAGGUCCACCGGGCUUAUCUCUGAACCUUACACUGACUCAGAUAAAAGACCUUGUGUACCUCUCCGACAAGCCCAACUACCCACUUAUUAGGACCCUGCUGGGCUCCCUUCAGCAAGACCUGCGAUUCUUCAUAGAUCCUCCAGAUGGCACUAAGGAGCAUCCAGCCACCACCUGCUUGGAGCUGAUGCUCAGUCAUCCUAAUUUAACAAGUGGAAUGUAUUAUAUCGACCCAAAUCAGGGCAGUUCUGCUGAUGCUUUGCUGGCUUAUUGUAACUUCAGUGCAGGAGGACAAACAUGUUUGUCACCCCUGCAGCCACAGAUACCCAUGAGAUCCUGGCUCAAAGACUCCAUGUCGGAUUCAUUUACAUGGUUGAGCACUAUAGAUGGUGGCUUUCAGUUUGAUUACACUGAAACUGGUGUGGUACAAAUGAGAUUCCUACGACUGAACAGCAAGAUUGCGAAGCAGAACAUCACAUUUUCAUGCCAGCCAAACAGCCACCAGGGCUUCAAUGAAAGAGAGAUUAAGUUCCUCGCAGACUCAAGAAGACAGAGUUUCUUGGGAACAUUACUGGAUUGUGAACAUACAGAGGCGCUGGAUACAGGCCCUCGGGAGUCCGUGUUCCAGUUUGAGACCGAAGACCUGGAGCUUUUACCAAUCAGAGAUGUGGCUUUAUUUGGCCACAGCGACACAACAGACGAGUUUCAGUUUACUGUAGGACAUGUAUGCUUCAGCUAAGACAUAAAUCCUCUCUCAUUUGAGGACUGUUCUGCAGAGCUCUUACUGAGGAGCUCUCUGCUGAGAAAAUCAGGACUUUCUCUACUCUACUGUUCUCCAUCUGCUGUGGGAAUGGAGGUUCCUAAUGAAGUUUUCUCCUUCAGUUUACAGUGUACCUUCAGUACAAUGAACUGGUUUGUUGUCUAUUGGCAACAGUAAUCUGGUGCACAGCUUCUCAUGAGGAGUUGUAAUAUAUUGUUGUAUAUUGUUUACAAUGCUUGUUUUAUGUUAAAUAACUGAUUAUUUAUAUGGUGUCUUGAUGGUACUCUUGUCACAAUUUCGGAAGCAAUUAACUUCCACAAACCACGAUUUCCUCAAAGCCCCUUUAAUUCAGGUUUUGUUGCACCUUAUGGCAAAGAGCACUGUGAUACACUGCAUGGUCAAAAAUUCGUGGACACUUUAACACCACACCUACUUGAUGAACAUUUCAAAACUAUUGGCAUUAACAGGUAGUUUGUCCACUUUGUAACAGCUUCAAUCAUGGAUGCGGUCAUUUGCUGUCACUAUUGGUCAUGUGGUGUAUGUGGCACCCAAAUCUGAUACUAUUUAAACAAUGUGCCUCAAACUUACAUCAGGCACUGCUUAUGAAAGUCUAAUAACAAGAAUUACUUACUACAAAGCUUAGUGCUGUCAGACAGUUGCUGUGAGCCCAUUGUUUAUGGUGGAAUUUGCUAUAUCUUAUUUAAUAAUGGUCAUCAUAAUUUGUUAAUUAAGUGUCAGUUGUUCUUGUGUGCAAAUCGCAAAAACAGUCCCAUUAGAAAUGACAAUUUAGCUCAUUGUAAAGUAACUCAUUGCAAUCUGUUUUAAUAACAAACUGAUUUUAUUCAAA